AUGCCGGCCCAGGCCGCCUCUCCCGCCCUGCCUGCUGAUGUCAGGAAGAGGCUGAAGGCAUUGGACAAAGAACAAGACGGGUUAACCGAAAAGGAAUGCAUAGAACAGAAACUAAAUUUGGUGGCAGAGUACUUGGAAGCAGAUGCUAAAGAUAGAUUGACUGAUUUGGAGACCAAGCUGACCAAAGAUGAGCUUUCUGAAGAAGGCUAUCUAACAAAAGUGAAAGCCUUGCUGCAAAAACAGUUUGGCUUUGAGAAUGGAGCAGUAAAUGGAGAGGCUAACGGCUGUUCCCCAAAUGGCACUUGUGACAGUGAAGAAGAUGUGGAAAUGGAAGAAGCGGUAACACCUGGAACAAAAGGGCGUAGAGGCAGGAAGAGCAAGACAAAUGGGGAGACCAAGAAAUCCUCUGGUCGGGUCACGUCCCUCAAGAAGUACAGGCAAACAGCCCACAAUCAUGUCAAUGUUUUCUAAAGGGUCUAACAAGCGCAAGUCUAAUGAUGUAAAUGGUGACAUAAAAGCUGAACCUGAAGUUUCCAUCGAAGUGGAAGAAACCGAAGAGAAGGAGCAGGUGGAGAAGAAGUUGAAAGUUGAAGACGGUGAAGAAUUUGGCUCGGUGAAAGAAGAAAUUCCCAAGACAAAACCUGUUCAGACACCAAAGACCCCUCCUCCAAAGUGUGUUGACUGCAGGCAGUACCUGGAUGAUCCUGAUCUCAAGUUUUUUCAAGGAGAUCCAGAUAAUGCUUUGGAUGAGCCAGAAAUGUUGACUGAUGAGCGCUUGUCUUUAUUUGAUUCAAACGAAGAUGGCUUUGAAAGCUAUGAGGACCUUCCGCAACACAAAGUUACAUGUUUCAGUAUUUACGACAAGAGGGGACACUUGUGUCCAUUUGAUUCUGGUUUGAUUGAGAAGAAUGUUGAGCUGUAUUUUAGCGGUGUUGUAAAACCAAUAUAUGAGGACAAUCCCUCUCUGGAUGGUGGAGUAAGGGCAAAGAAGUUGGGUCCCAUUAAUGCCUGGUGGAUGACCGGAUUUGAUGGAGGAGAAAAAGCUUUGAUUGGCUUUACAACAGCCUUUGCGGACUACUUCCUGAUGGAUCCCAGUGAAGAGUACAGUGCAAUAUUUGCUCUGAUGCAGGAGAAGAUCUAUAUGAGUAAGAUUGUGGUAGAGUUUCUCCAGAGUAAUCAGGAUGCAACAUAUGAGGAUCUACUGAACAGGAUAGAAACUACUGUACCACCAGCUGGUCUAAACUUCAAUCGCUUCACCGAAGACUCUCUACUGAGACAUGCUCAGUUUGUUGUGGAGCAAGUGGAAAGUUAUGAUGAUGCUGCAGACAGUGAUGAGCAGCCAAUAAUUAUAACUCCCUGCAUGAGGGACCUCAUCAAGUUGGCUGGUGUUACACUGGGUAAAAGGCGUGCUGUAAGGAAGCAAGCCAUACGACAUCCCACAAAGAUCAUAAAGGAUAAAGGGCCCACGAAAGCCACAACCACUAGACUGGUUUACCAGAUCUUUGACACCUUCUUCUCAGAACAGAUUGAGAACAAUGAAGAGAAGGAGAACAUUAAACGUAGACGUUGUGGUGUUUGUGAGGUUUGUCAGCAGCCGGAAUGUGGCAAAUGCAGAGCCUGCCAGGACAUGAUAAAGUUUGGUGGAAGUGGCCGUAAUAAGCAGGCCUGCCUUCAAAGAAGGUGUCCAAACUUGGCUGUUAAAGAAGCUGAUGAAGAUGAAGAAUUGGAUGAUAACAUCCCAGAAAUGCCUUCACCUAAGAAGAUACUUCAGGGAAGGAAAAAGAAACAAGAGAAGAAAAACAGAAUUUCUUGGCGAGGUGACCGUGUCAAGGCUGAAGGGAAGAAAGAAUACUAUCUGAAAGUAUCUAUUGAUGAUGAAAUCCUUGAAGUUGGAGAUUGUGUAUCUGUGAGUCCAGAUAAUCCCACUGAACCGCUGUAUUUGGCAAGGAUCACAUCUAUGUGGGAAGAUGUCAAUGGCCCUAUGUUCCAUGCCCACUGGUUCUGCCUGGGCUCAGACACUGUGCUUGGUGCCACAUCUGAACCCUUGGAGCUCUUUCUUGUGGAUGAAUGUGAGGACAUGCAGCUGUCCUAUAUUCAUGGAAAGGUCAAUGUGGUCUACAAAGAACCAGCUGAGGACUGGUUCAUGGAGGGGGGACUGGACAAUGAUAAAAAUGUGAUGGAAGACGAUGGCAAAUCCUACUUCUAUCAGCUGUGGUAUGAUCCAGAGUAUGCUCGCUUUGAGACUCCACCAAAGUUGCAACCUACAGAAGAAAACAAGCACAAAUUCUGCACCAGCUGUGCCAGACUUGAUGAAAUAAGACAGAGGGAGAUUCCCAAAGUGUUUGACAUUGCUGACGAUUUCGACGGUAAAGUGUGCUAUAACAUGGCUACAAAAAAUGGUGUGCAAUACAAGACUGGCGAUGGUGUACUGCUCCUGCCUGAUGCCUACACUUUCAGUGUUAAGCUGAGCAGUCCUUUGAAACGUUCCCAUAAAAAGGAUGAUGUGGAUGAGGAGCUGUAUCCAGAAUAUUACCGCAAAUCUUCUGACUAUAUAAAAGGCAGCAACUUGGAUGCCCCUGAGCCCUAUAGACUAGGUCGAAUUAAGGAGAUCUAUUGUAACAAGAAAAGCAAUGGGAAACCCAAUGAGUCAGAUAUCAAGCUGCGUGUGUACAAGUUCUACAGGCCAGAGAAUACACAUAAAGGAACAAAAGCCAGUUACCAUGCAGAUAUCAACUUGGUGUGUACUGGAGUGAUGAAGAGGCGACUGUAGAAUUCAAAGAUGUCCAGGGCCGUUGUAUGGUAGAAUAUGGAGAAGAUUUGACUGAAUCUAUUCAAGAGUACUCUGAGGUUGGAGCAGACAGGUUCUAUUUCUUGGAGGCCUACAAUGCAAAAACUAAAAGCUUUGAAGACCCACCCAAUCACGCUCGUACCUCCAUGAACAAAGGGAAAGGAAAAGGCAAGGGGAAAGGCAAGGGGAAAAUGUCUUCUGCUCAGUCUGAAGAUGAUCGAAAACCAACAGAUCAGCUGCCUAAACUCCGUACACUUGAUGUGUUCUCAGGCUGUGGAGGGUUGUCAGAGGGCUUCCAUCAAGCAGGUAUAUCUGAAACUAAAUGGGCCAUUGAGAUGUGGGAGCCAGCUGCCCAGGCCUUCAGGUUAAACAAUCCUGGCACAACAGUAUUUACAGAAGAUUGUAACGUUUUGCUGAAGUUGGUAAUGGCGGGAGAGAAGACAAACAGCCUGGGCCAGAAACUGCCACAGAAAGGAGAUGUUGAAAUGCUGUGUGGUGGUCCACCUUGCCAAGGUUUCAGUGGUAUGAACAGGUUUAACUCCAGAACCUAUUCCAAAUUCAAGAACUCCCUGGUGGUUUCUUAUCUCAGCUAUUGUGAUUAUUAUAGGCCUAAAUUCUUCCUGCUUGAGAACGUCAGGAACUUUGUUUCCUUCAAAAGCUCUAUGGUGCUCAAACUGACCUUGCGUUGUCUUGUACGAAUGGGUUACCAGUGUACUUUUGGAGUGCUCCAAGCUGGUCAGUAUGGUGUACCUCAGACACGCAGACGAGCCAUCGUACUUGCUGCUGCUCCAGGAGAGAAGCUGCCCAUGUUCCCUGAGCCAUUGCAUGUGUUUGCACCCCGUGCCUGUCAGCUGAAUGUUGUUGUGGAUGAGAAGAAAUAUGUGAGCAACAUCACAAGGACAAACUCCAGCCUCCUCAGAACAAUUACAGUGAGAGAUUCAAUGUCAGACCUUCCAGAGAUUCGCAAUGGAGCAUCGGCCCUUGAGAUCUCCUACAAUGGUGAACCCCAGUCAUGGUUCCAGAGGCAGAUUCGGGGCUCACAGUACCAGCCUAUCCUCAGGGAUCAUAUAUGUAAGGAUAUGAGCGCCUUGGUGGCUGCUAGAAUGAGACACAUACCGCUUGCCCCUGGCUCUGACUGGCGAGAUCUACCAAACAUUGAAGUUCGCUUAUCUGAUGGUACAACCACACGGAAGCUGCGCUACACUCACAACGACAAGAAGAAUGGGCAGCAGUAGUACUGGAGCUCUUAGGGGUGUUUGUUGCUGUGCUGAAGGUAAAUCUUGCGAUCCAGCGGACCGGCAGUUUAACACACUUAUUCCAUGGUGUCUGCCACACACAGGGAACAGACACAAUCACUGGGCUGGCCUUUAUGGCAGACUGGAGUGGGAUGGCUUCUUCAGCACUACAGUCACUAACCCUGAGCCUAUGGGCAAGCAGGGCCGUGUUCUUCACCCAGAGCAGCACCGUGUGGUGAGUGUAAGGGAGUGUGCCCGGUCUCAAGGCUUUCCAGACACCUACAGAUUCUUUGGAAACAUCUUGGAUAAACACAGACAAGUUGGUAAUGCUGUGCCUCCACCACUAUCAAAAGCCAUUGGUUUAGAGCUAAAGGCCUGUGUCAUGGCAAAGCUUAAAGAGGAAGAAACAGAAUUUGUAAAGAAAGAGAAGAUGGAAAUGGAUUAA